GAAGGCCGAUUUGUCUACGUGUUUGUUUACAAAAUUCGCCUCAUAAGCAGUUCUCCCAUAUUGAUAUUUGUUGUUAACAAUUCAGCUCAGUAUUGUUCGGUACUUAAAGGUAAUCAGACAAAAUGUCGAGCCCUAAAAACGAGUGUGAACUCAAAGGAGGCCAUCCGCCUGCAGUUAAGGCUGGCGGAAUGAGAAUAACCCAGCACAAGACCAGAAAAGAUUCCGGCGGUCUGACUGAAGACACUACCGGAAUUACCAUAUCAAGCAGUCCGCCAAAGGCCACCACUGUAUCUGGGGCCAUCGCCAAAGGUCAUGCCGAUUUUCCACCGGAAGCGGUUCAGAGUUUUCAUAAGGAGAAACCACCAAUGUCUCAUUCCAACGUAAAACCAAUUGCCCACAUUCAACAACCCAGAAAGUAGACCAUUCCAUCUACAUAAUGUUUAUUUUUCUAAAAAACUUAUAUUACUUAUAAACUUGUUAAAUGACCUUUAUAGAAUCCAAUUCGCGUUUUAUAUUGUAUAGCUUAUAUUUUGAAAAAAAGUACUGAUUAAGUGUGGUGGCAUUUUUUUGAUUAUAUUGGAGAAUAGAAAUUCAUUUUAUAUAUAUAUAUAUGUUCAAUAAAUUUUUGUAUGACAA